AUGGCAGCCCUCAAGUCAUGGCUAACAAUCCCCAAGUCAAGCCAUUUCUCACUUGCCAAUAUCCCUUUUGGAAUCAUCUCAACAGCGUCAAAUCCCAGUCGACGACCUGCUGUGGCUAUCGGUGAUCAUGUUCUGGAUCUCCAGGAGUUCUCGGCGUCGGGGGCCUUCUCAUCCCUCGGAGUUAAUGUUUCUGUCUUCUCCAAGCCGACCCUAAAUGACUUUGCAGCACUUGGACGACCCGUUCAUAGGUCGGUGAGGAAGUAUCUUCAAGACGUCUUUGCCGAAAACACCUCAUAUGCAGACGUAUUGAAGAGCAACAACAGCCUGCAAGAAAAGGCACUGCUUAUGCGAGACCAAGUCACUCUACAUGUUCCCAUGCAAAUUGGCGACUAUACCGAUUUUUAUGCCGGUAAGAACCAUGCUUUCAACGUUGGCUGUCUCUUCCGAGGACCGGACAACGCUCUUCAACCGAAUUAUACGCAUCUUCCCGUGGGAUAUCACGGUCGUGCAUCAUCGAUUGUGGUAUCAGGCACACCCAUUACACGACCGAAUGGUCAGAUAUUGGAAAAUCCUGCUGCUGCGAACAAAGUUCCGAUAUUUAGCCCUUGCCGACGGCUUGAUAUCGAACUAGAGCUUGGUGCAUUCCUGUGUAAAGGGAAUACGAUGGGCAAGAACAUCCCGAUUUCCGAGACUGCAGACCAUAUCUUCGGCUUUGUCCUACUCAAUGAUUGGUCGGCACGAGAUAUUCAAGCAUGGGAAUAUGUUCCACUAGGCCCUUUUCUCUCCAAGAGUUUUGGUUCCACUAUCAGCCCCUGGGUGGUGCUGGCAGAUGCGUUGGAGCCCUUCAGAACUACGGGUAUCAAGAACGAUAAUGAGCUGUUACCUUACCUUCAAGAGAAAGAAGCAAAGAAUGUUUACGAUAUCCGAUUACGGAUUGAUAUCACACCGGAAGGAGCAGAAACAACCAAUAUCCUUAAUUCGAACGGAAGCUAUCUACUCUUCUCGUUUGCCCAAAUGCUUGCUCACCAUUCAAUUGGUGGCUGCCCAAUGGGAGUUGGUGAUCUUCUGGGCUCUGGGACAAUCAGCGGACCGGAUGCAGGUACAGAAGGCAGUCUACUGGAGUUAAGCAAAGGCGGCAAGGAGACUAUCAGGCUGAACGGUGGGGUAGAGCGGAAAUUCCUUCAGGACGGAGACAAUAUCACCAUCUACGGAGUUUGUGGUGAUGAAGAGAGUGGACUGGUGGGAUUCGGUGAAUGUUCGGGCACGAUUCUGCCUGCGCCGAAGAUCUGA